CCUCAAUUCUUGGUUCUUGGGCGCACGGAGUCAGGAACUCAGUGGAAAAAAGCCGUAAUGUAUAGCUUUUCUGAUCCCCCCUCCCCCACUUAGUUCCGAUAGGGGAGCACGCCGGGAUUAUCGUCAAUAGCACCGGUCACUCGCCGGGUCACUUUUGCAGGCCGGUGUCAACAGAACCGGACACCCUGGCUUUUCCGGCACCCGCUUCUCUGCCGUGCCUGCCGGGCCUGGUCGGAACCAGGAGGGCGGGUGGGAGGCAUGCCCCUUUCUCCUGUGCCCCUGCGCACUCGGAUAGAGGCGGGCGCUCUGCAGAAUCCCGUGAGAAUCCAGACUCGCGUGCUGGGCUUUCCUCGGAGCCAGGUGUGGCCUGAGUUCGGAUGUUCUAUUUCUAAGCCAGAUGUGAUUACCCUAUUAGAGGAAGGGAAAGAACCUUGGAUGGUUGUAAGGGAUGAGAAAAACAGAUGGAGGCCAGAUUUGGAAUCCAAAUUAUUUCAAAAGGAUAUUUAUGAAAUGAAUUUGUCACAGUGGGAUAUAAUGGAAAACAUUAGAAGUUAUGGCCUGGAAGCCUUCUUUUUCAGAAAAAAAUGUGAAUAUAAAAAGUUUGAGGGGCAAAAAGGUCCUCAGAAGGGAUAUUUCAGGCAAGUGGAAAAAACCACCUCUGAAAAAAGACCCACUUGCAGAAAACUUAAAUCUCUGACUUUAUAUGAGAGAAUUCAUAAUAGAGAGAAACCUUAUGAAUGUGGGGAAUGUGGAAAAGCUUUUAGAGUACGCCAACAACUUACUUUUCAUCAGAGGAUUCAUACUGGUGAGAAACCCUAUGAAUGUAAAGAAUGUGGUAAAACCUUUAGACAGUGUGCUCACCUUAGUCGACAUCAGAGAAUUCAUACUUCUGACAAACUCCUUGAAUGUAAGAAAUGUGGAAAGAUCUUUACAUGUAGUGCAGAUCUUCGAGUACAUCAGAGAAUUCAUAUUGGUGAGAAGCCCUACGAAUGUAAAGAAUGUGGGAAGUCCUUUAGAGUACGAGGACAACUUAAUCUCCAUCAGAGAAUUCAUACUGGUGAGAAACCCUAUGAAUGUAAGGAAUGUGGAAAGACCUUUAGACAGUAUGCACACCUUACUCGACAUCAAAGACUUAAUAUUGCUGAGAAGUGCUAUGAAUGUAAGGAAUGUGGGCAGGCUUUUUUGUGUAGUACAGGCCUUAGAAUACAUCACAAACUUCAUACUGGUGAAAAACCUUAUGAAUGUAAGGAUUGUGGGAAGGCCUUUAGAGUAAGGCAACAGCUUACUCUCCAUCAGAGAAUUCAUACUGGUGAGAAACCCUAUGAUUGUAAGGACUGUGGGAAGACCUUUAGCCGUGGCUAUCAUCUAACCCUCCAUCAGAGAAUUCAUACUGGAGAGAAACCUUAUGAAUGUAAAGAAUGUCAGAAGUUUUUUCGUCGUUACUCAGAACUUAUUUCACAUCAGGGUAUUCAUAUUGGAGAGAAACCCUAUGAUUGUAAGGAAUGUGGGAAAGCAUUUAGACUGUUCUCACAACUUACUCAACAUCAGAGUAUUCAUUUUGGUGAGAAGCCUUAUAAAUGUAAAGAAUGUGAGAAGACUUUUAGACUGUUCUCACAACUUACUCAACAUCAGAGUAUUCAUACUGGUGAGAAACCUUAUGACUGUAAGGAAUGUGGAAAGGCCUUUAGACUUCAUUCAUCACUUAUUCAACAUCAGAGGAUUCAUUCUGGUGAGAAACCAUACAAUUGUAAAGAAUGUAUGAAGGCAUUCAGACAACACUCACACCUUACUUACCAUCAGCGAGUUCAUAAUGUAACUAAAUAAUUAUAAGAAAGCCUUUCAUUCUGAAUUUUAUGUUAGGGAACAUUGGAAAAUAAAUUUUAGAGGAAAGUUUUUGAAUGUUAGGAUUCCUUUUACUUCAUGCUUACAGCUAACUUAAGAGGUUUUAUUUUGAAGGAUAUGUCCAUGAAUAUGAGGAAGCUGUUUAUCACCAUUUAAAUUAGUUAAACUUUAGGAAAUUUAUUCUAGAAAGAAAAUCUUUUUAAGGAGUGAAUGUGGGAAAGAAGUUGAUGUGGUAAUAUCCUUUAGUGGAGAAUUUUGCAACACGUGAAAUUAAUGGAACUAGGCAGGAUUCUCAGUAGAGGUUAAGAACAUUAGGUGAAAUGUUGAUAGGAACUUCAUUGCGAGUAUGUAGACCAGACUGAUAUCUGAACCCCCUGACUAAUUUUAACCUCAUCAAAAAUAUGACAAAAUAUCUUAAUGAGGUAAAAUAAGACAUCUUGCCAAAAAAUAUUGAAACUGACUCUAAAUAAGCAGCAAGAUCUAACUCCCAGUUUAGAGAAAAGUUAGGGAGUGGAAGAACAAAUUACAUGAUGCAAAAAGAGAGCAUUUAGAUCUAAAAUAUGGGUAAUUCUGUAAGAGGGAUUCCCUGGCUUCUCAACCAAUAAAAUGGCAUUGAAGAAAAUGAAAAAGUAAUUGCUUAGCUAUUAGGAGCCUUAACAGGUGUAUGAACCAAAUGUAUUUAACAUUGAGAAGUUACAUUUUUGUUGAAUGAUUAAUAGCACUGUGUUUAUGUAAAAAAUGACUCACGUUUAUAUAGGCAAGAUGAUACAAUGUCUGGAAUUUUCUUUAAAAUGCUCACAGACAAGAGGUUGGAUAACAAGUUUGUCAAAAUAGUGGUAAGAUGAGUGUCUUGGGUACACAGUUAUUGUAUAUUUGGUUUUGCUAUUUCCUCUAUUUUUAUGUAUUUAAAAUGUUGUAUAAUAUUCUUUAAAAGGUAAAAUUAUGCAGUGUUAUUACCAGUUUGAAGUGAAAUUUUUUUAGUGAAUGACUGUUUUAAAUGCCUAUAUAUUAGAAAUUGUGGAUGUUACCAAAGCUCUAAGCAGUGGGAUAUUAAAUAUGUUAUAAUGUAUUUGGGAAAUUAAAGAAUGAGGGUCCAGAUUUUACCUGUAGGAAUAACUAACUUAUUCCUGUAUCUGUUCUAGUUCCUGUCCCAUUGUACUUCAUAUAUACCAUAUUUUUAAAGAAUGAGUAAAAGCAAUUACCACUAAAUGUGGAGACUGAUGGAAUAGACAAUUGCUAGCAAUGUGUAGACCACUCAGAAUUGAGCUAUUAAAAACUUGAAGUGUAAAUAAAACAAAUUUUGUCACCAGAGGAAUGAAACAGAAUAAACUAAAAAACUAAUCUUUCUAAAAAAACAAACAAAAAAACUUGAAGUGUGGCUGGUUCAAAUUAAAAUGUUGUUAAGUGUAAAAUACACAUGGGGUAUUGAAGACCUACUUAAAAAAGAAUGCAAUAUAUCAAUUUCUCAGCAUUUAUCUGCUGUGAUGUGGAAGCAGUGAUAUAGUCAGUGGAUAACAUUGGUAUAUAAAACAGAAUCCGAUUCAAGUGUGUUUCUGCUUCCAAGUAGCACGUUUUUAUACUGAGGUCUUCUUGGUUUUACCCUGAGUCAUGCUGAGGUUUUUUAUUCCUUCAUAAAUGGUGGCUUGUGUGUACAGCUGAAUCGUUUUCUUAGAUUAUUUUUAGCCUGUAGACAUUUUGGGAUCCAAAAACACCUCUCUCAUUCUGUACUCUUUCUGUCUUGUUCAACUUUGUAUUGCUUCAAGUAGUACAGUACUCUUAUAAACUGUUUUCUAUGUGUGUUAUUAGGGUUCACACAAUUAGACAAAGGGUCAAUAAUAUCUUCUUUGUAUUGGGCUCACUAUGAGGCUGCUGUGAAAAAAUAACUUUAAAAUUAUUAGGAGGCCUGUUGUCUCACAGAAAGGGUAAAAGUUGGCUUCAUGUUUACUCUAAGGCUGCAUUUUCAUGAAAGAACCAUAUAGUUGAUUGUUUUCCCUCUUCGGGGGCUUUUAUACCUUUGGGGACAUUUUGUUACUUGGAAACAGUCAUACAACUCACUAUAUUCCCCUGAAAUUGUAUUUAAAACAUGUACCAAUUUGUAUAACAAAUACAAUGUGUGGGGUUUUUUUACUCUCUUAAUAUGAUGGAUUAUCUUCAUAGAUUUUCAGAUAUUGAUCAAUUCUGGAAUAAAGUCCAUUUGUUUAUAAUGUGUACAGUUGACCCUUGAACAUGAAAGUUCAGGAAGCUGAUCUCCUAUCAGUUGAAAAUUUGUGUAUAACUUUUGACUCCAUCAAAACUUAACUAUUAAAAAAAAACUUAACUAUUAUUAGCCUACUACUGAAAGUCAGUAGUCAUACUGAAAAUAUAAACAGUUUAUUAAUGUAUAUUAUGGAUGUUAUAUGUGUUAUAUACUAUAUUCAAGUCUCAGCCAGAGAGAAAAAAUGUUAGGAAUAUCAUAAGGAAGAGAAAAUACACUUACAGUGCUGUUCUGUAUUUAGUGAUACCAUAAAUUUACAUCAUCUGCAAAGUGAAUUGUCAGUACAUACCUAAGUAUUGUCUUGUAUGAUACAAACAAUGUAGAUGUUACACAUUUCACUACAUAUUAAAAAUAAAAAGAAGCCCUGGCUGGUGUAGCUCAGUGGAUUGAGCGUGGGUCUGCAAACCAAACAACCGCGGUUCGAUUCCCAGUCAGGGCACAUGCCUAGGUUGG